UUUCUCCUGGUUAAGGGAGCCAAAGUGAACUUAUUCCCUCCGGAUCUCCCCCUUCUUUGUACUUUCCUCCCCUUCUCUCACCGCCGCCGCCGUCGUCCGCCGCCGAAGGGGGCAGCCGGAUUCCGCAGCCCCGAUUCCACCACAGGCCACAGACCCUUCACCCGUGGCUCGGGCCGAGGCCCGACUUCCGAGCCGCAAUAUUUGGGGAAUCAUCCCUGGAGUAUAAUGGCGAGCCAGGAGAAGCCCACCCCGCCUCCGCCGCCGCCGCCGCAUCCACCUGCACCGGAGGCCGUACCUCGCGUGCGCCGGUUCGGAGGGGGUCCUCCGGGCGGAGGAGGCGGCGGAGGUUACCCUAACCCGCCGGACGCGGCGAUCCCCGACGCGGCGACGCUGCGGGAGCAGUGGCGGUUCGCGGUGCGGCAGUACAGCAGGUGGUACUCCCACGCCUGGGGCACCGCCAUCCUCGCCGGCGCCGCCUUCUUCGGACUCGGCUGGCUCGUCAAGGGCUCCAACCCCCUCCCGUCCCGCGCCGAGCACCACGCCUCCAACGCCAAGGAGGAGGAGGGCUAACCGAAAGUCCUUGCUACUCACCGGUGCAAAUUUAAAAUUAGCCGUAAUGGGCAAAGCGAAGAUAAGGCAAGCAAGAAGAAGAAUUCUGCAUCGUGCUAAAUGCACAUUGUACACUUUUGACUGCAAGACACUGCUCACUUAUCUCAUCUUCCUCGCCUGUUGUGUAUAUUUGGUCUAGUAUCUGCAGAAUAAGAAUACGUGGCCUUACUGUUUAGUGAAGCCUUUGGAGUAUCCUGUAAAUAUGGACGAGAUGCUGCUGAAAUCUAAUAAGUGUUGCCCAAUUAUCUUUGGUUUUUUUUUUUGGUAUUUAUCAUUCUUUGUAUGCUUGGAUCGAAUUAUUCGGUGCCGAAUACGUCACAACAAUAGUGCACCAAUGCAGGACGUAUGUCUGUACGAAAGCCAUGUUCGUUUGUUCAUGACGGUGAGCAUGUCGCAAGCAAUCAUCAUGCCUUUACAAAAGAGGUUUUCUUUCAAUAAAUUUCGAGCUUACUAUG